AGUGAUUGUAAUUUGUAGAAAUAACUGUUAAUUAACUUGAAGCUUCAUUCACUUUGGGAGAAUUAAAAUCCUCCAUUUUAUUUUAAUUCUAUUGGAUUUUGAUGACAAUCAUGUAACUACUAAAAUCCUCACUUUGGUUUGUUUACCUUUUGGUUUUGUCAAAUCUUUUGGAUUUCAUUUGGUUUAAAUUGUUUCAAUUAGUUGGUGAUUGUUAAUUACUUCAUCUAUCAUGGUCCUGUUGACUUGUGUUAGAACAUAUUUGAAGACAAUUAAAGUUGAUUCGGUUAAAAAAGUUACUUCUUUUGGAAAAGCCUCUGUUAAUGAAAAAUCAACUUCAAAUUAUAUUGAUUCUCUUAAAUUAAAGGUCAUCGGUGGAUCAGGAGGUAAUGGUUGUCCAGUAUCAAAGGCUAUCGGUGGUAGCGGAGGAAAUGUAAUUGUUGAAGCUUCCAAUGAGGUUGAUAAUCUUAACCAUGUUAAAUCAUGUUUCCCUGAUUUAACUGCUCAAGCAAUUAACGGUUUAGAUGGACGAAGGACUAGAUUAAUCGGCCCCAAUGGAUCUGAUUGUAUAAUUAAAGUUCCCUGUGGUAUAACUGUUUUCAAUCAAUUUCUAAGUCCAAUUAGUGAUUUAGUUAAAGAAGGUGAUAAAACAAUCGUCGCCUAUGGAGGUCAAGGUGGGACAAUUAGAAGCAAUUAUUUCGGUGCUCAAGGUCAAUCACAAUUAAUCACAUUAGAUUUAAGAUACUAUGCUGACAUAGGUUUAAUUGGUUACCCUGAUUCUGGUAAAUCACUCCUAUUAACCAAAUUGUUAUCAUCUAAACAAAAACUAUUACCAGAAUUGUCAACGGAAAAAAUAAAUUCAAAGAGACCCUGGUUAAGAAAUAUUAAUUAUGACAAUGGUCGACUAAUUAGCUGCGUUGAUUUACCAAGUCUAAUUGAAGGAGCUCAUAAAACCGAUAAUCGUGGUCACCAUUGGUUAAAACAUCUAACUCACAAUCAACUGAUUCUAUUUGUUAUCGAUAUAAAUGGAUUUAAUCGGGGAAUUUAUCGAUCACCAAUUGAAACUUUACUUCUUCUUAAUAAGCAAAUUGAAAUUUUCGAUGAUCGUUACCUAAUCAAACCAGCGUUAAUUGUGGUCAAUAAGAUGGACUCGAUUGGAGCUGAUGUGGCUUAUGAAGAUUUCCUGGUUUCACUUAAAAGUGUUUACACCAACAACAAUCAAGGGAACAAUUUAGAUGAAUCAAUUUUCCCCAAAAAAUUAAUCUACUAUCAGGAUAUUAUCCCAAUCUCUUGUCACCGUGACACAAACAUUGAUUAUCUUAAAAAACGGAUUAGAGAAUUGAUUGACUUUAAUUACCUUAAAUCACGUAAUCCUGAUUGUCCUCGCUCUUUUGUUAGCCUUCUAGAAACAAUCAAUCAAUCAAGAGCAAAAGUCAAAACCCAAUUAGUGUGAAAAAAAAAUCAAUACAAUUGUAAAUAUGAUGACAAUUAAUAAUAAUUCAUUUGUUCAACUUUAUAACAAUUAAGCUGAUCAACAUUCAUAUUAUGUAUUGAUGUUUAUUGGUUUUUUGUAAUUUCUUAAAUUGUAAUUAGUUUGGAAAACUUAAUCAUCAAAAAUAAUUCAACCUUAACUGGAUUAUCAAAAAGGCAACAA